AUGGCUCUUAAUCCUAUUAAAUUUGAAUACAAGGAAGACUAUACAAAAAACAUUCCAAGAAUCUUCAAUAAGGCUGAGGUGGUGUUUAAUGAUAUAGGACAUUCCCCUCGAAAGUUUAUAUUUCCUUGCACUGAAAACAUUGAGUACCGUAGGGUUAGAAUAGUGGAGAUUGAGAAGCUCGAGGCUAGUUGGAGAGAUGUUUAUCGUAUAAAGUUUGAUGAGAAGUUCCACUUUAAGCCUGGGGAUUCUAUUGGAAUGUUAUGUCCCAAUAAUGAUACUUUGGUGGAUGAGAUUAUGGAGGUGUUUGAGGUCAAGAAUUCUUACUGUCAGAUAAGAAGGCCAGGAAAGAAUUCAUUCAGCUAUACAGGAUCCAUUAGAGACUUUUUCAAAUACUAUUUCGACUUCACAAGCCUUCCAAGGAAAUCAUUAUUGGCUAAUCUGGCAAAAGGUUGCACAGAAACAAAUCGGAAGUACAUUGAGUAUCUAUGCUCUAAAGAAGGGAUAGUAGACUACCUUGGCAUGGGAAGAAGGUGGAAUAACAUUAUCGACAUUAUAAAGACCUUUGAGUGUAGGCCUGUGUUGGAAGAAGUUAUAGGAGAAUGUGAGAUAGUAAAACCCAGGUACUUCUCUUUGAUAAAUAAGAUUGGGGAGGAAUCUGAAAUCCUUGUUGGCAUAACAAAUAAGAUCUUCGAUGGAUUUGUCAGGUACGGACAUGUCUCCGACUUUUUAGUUAGAUCUGAGGUAGAGGAGGUUGAAUUGUCCUUGAGAAUAAACCUUCUUUUCAGGAUGGAUUAUGGUAGUAGAAAGCUAUUAGCAAUAUGUACAGGAACAGGAAUAGCACCUUUUCUGUCAUUUGCGUCCAAUCUCCAACCACAUCAAAGCAUCUGGAUCAUAUAUGGAUUCAGGAACGACGAGGACGACCUUUCCAAACUAAUAGGGCCUGAUAAGAAUGUAAGGGUCUCUAGAGUCAAGUCUAGUACCGGAAUUUACGUCACAGAUUACUUGGUGGAAAGGAUCGAUGAAAUCAAAGGGUAUGUCGAUGAAGAAUGCAUCGCUUAUGCCUGUGGAAAAAUGGAAACACAGAAACGAGUCUUCGAGAUAUUUAAGAAUGAGCUUCCUCACGUUGUAGAGGCCAAGCGGUUGGUUUUCGAUCAAUGGGGAUAG